AUGAACUCAACAAUCCCGUCAUCAUCAAACUUUUUGAUCGAUUCCGCAACUACAACCCCAAAACAUGAAGUCGAUGAUCCAGUCACUAAUAUUAGCAAUAAGGAAGACGACGAAAACACGACAAAUAUUCAAAUAGUUGAUCCGAUAAAUAAAAGUUUAUCUAUCGAUUAUAAAAGCCAGAAGGAAGAUGAUAGCACAACAAGUAAUCAGACGACUGAUCUGAAAAUUUCAUCUGCCGAUAUAAGAGAUGAGGAAGACGAGAGUACGGAAUCCAUAGAUGGAAUAGAUGAAAAAGAUGAAAGUCCGACAAGCUCUUCUAGCGAAAAAGAAAGCACGAUAGGACAUACUAACAUAGAAGACAUAGAGCUCUCCAACGUGUUUAGUAAUUUGCAGAUUAACAAUCCUUCUUCGGAAUUGCCCGAGAAACCAAACAGAACGAGUAGCAGUAGCUCUACUGUCGCAAAUCACACCUAUAAUAUAUUUCGAUCCGUUUUUUGGAACGUGAUUACUUUUCUUGUAUUAUUUUUUGCGAUUGAAUUGGGUUACCGAUUUUAUUCUGACACCUCCCUUCGGCAAGUGUUUUUUAAUCUGAUGUAUCCUCAGCCCAUCGAUGGUCCGAUAUUUAGAAAUCUUGCAAACACUACAACAUCUAUAGCUUAUCAUAUGAAUGAAAUAAAAAUCCCAGCCUCGAAUUCUAUUCUGAAACAACGAGAGUCUGCGAAGUUUCUUUCCUCGAUAAUGUUGCGCGCAAAGGACAUCCAGGGUCAAGACUCACUACAAACCUACGUAACCAAUCUAGGCGAGCAACUAUACAAAACCGGCACCGCAACUGAGAAGCUAUUCAAUGUUGGGGAGCAAGAGCUCACCGAAAUCGAAAGAGAACUCCUUUUAAUCGAUGAAAAGCUUGAGAGUGGGUUGAUUCUCUCCACAAUAAACGCGACAUACUUCUUCGAUAGGACAAAUAAGAUUUUUGAUGGGACCACAAUAUUACGAGAUCUGAUUGAGACUGUCUAUAAAGAAGUGAUAAUUACAGAGAAUAUCUAUCUUGGAUAUCAAUCUCAUUUGCAAAAUGGAUUUUUGGACUUAAAAAACUUUUUUGAUAGAAAUGAAGCAGCACUCAGAAAACUGAACAUCAAUGUGAAAUUUGUGAAAGAAGAUCUCGCUGAUUUCGAUCGGGGAAUAUCAAAAAUACUUGAUGCAAAGGGAAAUAUCAAAAUAUCACUUGACGGGAUGAAUCACGCCAGGACAUUAUUGAUAGAGAUUAAAGGAAAGUUUUCAGCAUUGGUGGGGAGGAAAAUUUACAGUGUCCGCGAUUCGGAAAGCAUUCAACAAGCAAUCGAAAAUGUCAAACUGGCUAAGCAAGCCUGGAAGGGGAAAGAUAGCGAGGCUGUCUUGAAACGAAUCGAAAUUUGA